CGAUCGUGGGUGAACUUACGUCGAUCUCUUGUUGAACGCCUCUUUCUCGAGCAUCAACUUCAAAACAAGUUCGAAGGCCGUUUAUCGCAUACCUUCAAACGCUCAGCAAGUCUACGAGGCGAAUUGUGUUUCUCGUUUCGCUCGCAAUGUCAGUCCUCCGUCCAAACGCAUCCGUGAUGGGACUGCCAUACACAGCUCCCGGAAACGCCCCACGCGGCUUCACCCUUGGCGAGCACGUAGAUCCCGAAGAUCCAUUGGAGGUAGGUAACUCAUCCAACCCACAUGGCAAACCACGCGCGAUCGGUCCCAUGGGGCGCCGUUUCCAACCGUACAAGAACAAUGGGGGAACUGUCGUUGCGGUGUCGGGAAAGGAUUACUCCGUCAUCGCGAGUGAUACUAGACUAGGCUCUGGCUAUUCGGUACCGUCAAGGAACGUGAGCAGAAUCAUCAAAUUGACGGACAAAUGCGUGCUCGCGAGCAGCGGAAUGCAGAGUGAUAUCGCCGUUUUGCAUAAGGUGUUGAGGAUCCGCUUGACACAAUAUCAGUAUGCACACCAUCAGGAGAUGUCGCUCACAGCAAUUUCACAAAUGCUUUCCACGAUGUUGUACUAUCGCCGUUUUCAGCCCUACUACACCUUCAAUGUUUUGGGCGGUAUUGACGCUGAAGGGCACGGCUGGAGCUAUUCAUACGAUGCCAUUGGUUCGCAUGAGAAAGUGCGUGCAGUUUGCAGCGGUACGGGACAGAAUCUUUUGCAGCCGAUCCUAGAUAAUCAGGUCGAGUUUAGGCAAACGGCACCGGAGAAGAAGCCAGAGGAACUGUCUUUGGAACCGUGCGUCGAACUCGUAAAGGACGCGUUUACGUCCGCCGGUGAACGUGACAUUUACACUGGAGAUAUCGUGGAAUUGGCCAAGGUGACGGCCAAGGGCGUGGAGAUAGAGAAGUUCGAGCUUCGAUCGGACUGACUUCAUGUAAACUGAAGAAGCCCAAUGGCGUCUGUGUAAACUUGAAACUCUUGUUUUGGGCUUUCUACCCGUUCUGCAAUUCAUGUGCCGUCUCAGAGAGCGGGAGUCUGUGAGGUCAACGAGAGGGCAACUAGUGCGGAAAUUGCCUUCAACGCGUACAAACCGAAUGCGGCCUGAAACGCCGAAGGGGUCUGUGCCCCCCUUGCUUGCGACAAAAAUAUUAGAUUUAUGACCGCGUAACAGACCGAGACGUAUGGCGGACCGAUGCACCUCUAACGGCGGUCAAAGAGGUAAAACAAUAAACCACAUGGCGGCCUGUGUUGAACAAGACCGAUGUGAAUAU